AUCACGUGACAGAAAAUGGGCAGUCCUCCGACGAGGCUGAAAAAAAAAGGCCAUUUUCUGGCGCUGCUGCAAACUGCGUCCAAGUGUAAGAAGAAGGUACGCGGGUCCUCAUCGGGAGGAAGAAGGAAGCGUCGAUGUCAAAUCAGAGAUGGACAAAAUGCAGCCCAAUCGGAUUAAAAUCACGGAUCUGAAUUCACACCUCAUUUGUCCGCUGUGCGCUGGUUAUUUAGUUGAUGCUACCACCAUCGUGGAAUGCCUCCACUCCUUUUGUAAAACAUGCAUCGUGGCCUUCUUGGAGACAAACAAGUUCUGCCCCCGAUGUGACGUCCAGGUUCACAAGACAUGUCCGCAACUCAGCAUCAGAGCGGACAAAACUCUGCAAGAUAUAGUUUAUAAGCUUGUUCCGGGUUUAUUCAAAGAUGAGAUGAAGCGGAGACGAGAUUUCUACUCUGAGAGUCGUGUGCUGGAGCCGGGGGAGGUGGUGGAGACCUUCAACAUAGCCGAGGACGAAAUCAUCAGUCUGUCCAUACAGUUCUAUGAGAGGAACAAAACCAAUGAGAGGCAUCAUUCAGAGGUGGAUGGAGACAAGUCCAACGGUAAACGCUUCCUGCAGUGCCCAGCAGCCAUGUCCGUCAUGCACUUAGCAAAGUUCCUCAGAAGUAAGAUGGAUAUACCCAGCAACUACAGGGUAGAGGUGUUGUAUGGCGAUGAACCUCUCAAAGACUACUACACACUAAUGGACAUUGCCUAUUUCUAUGAGUGGAGACGGACCGGACCCAUCCCCCUGCAGUACCUGGUGAAGCCCACAAGGAAGCGCAGGAAGCCGUCCCAGUCCGCGGUCCAGGGUCACUCAGACGGCGUCAACACCAGCCCGACCUCAGAGAGCGACUCCCAGAGCGACAAAGUCCACAGUCCGGUGUCGACGAUGGCGGCACCGCCUCGAGCCUCCUCGCAGUCCAGCCCCGCGGCCAACAGCCUCUCCCCCGCCAUCCAGAACUCCAACGGUACCACCGUGCCUAACAACACUCAGCGACACGCCCUCUCCUCCAAGCAGGGGGCCUCCGCCGCCCGGAAGGUGACUGUCAACGGCACGAGCUCGGCCGCCAGCAAAGAUGCGGCGAGGGGCGGGGACAAAAGCGGCGCGCCUCCGACGACCUAAUGUCUGCACGACAGCAGGGAGGACGUUGUUUGGAUGGCUCCCUUCUUUCUGCAGAGAAAAAAACACUGGAGCCUUCUGACUUUUGGACUUUAUGAGAGGCAGACAUCGCCGUGAUGGACUGAAGUGCAGCCAAAUGUGUAUGUGUGUGCGUGCGUGUGAGCGUGUGUGUGUGAGCGUGUGUUAGACUAGACCAGUGCACACAUAGACUGUACAGUAUGUAUCUAAUGUGACCAUGUGUGCAUAUAAACUUAUCUUUUAUACAAGGCAUUGUAAUCAUUUUGUAUCGUACAUGAAGUGGUUCUGUUGCAUUUCUACCUUAUUUGGCUUCUGUAAAAUUGGACAAAAUGCCGCCAAGCAUUGCAGUGCGAAUCCCUGCAAUGGAUAUGGAGAAGAAGAAAAAACUGAGCGUAUUCGGUCAUUUUAUCACUGCUGUAUAAAUCAUCAGGUGACACAACUUCAUGACACAACUGUUGAUGCACUUUCACACGCUCCGAACCAACCAGUAUUUUGUCGUCUCUUUUCUAAGCACUACCACGCUGCCGGGCUCACCGGCGCGUUCUUUCAUGUCCCGAGUCCGAAGAACUCCAAAAGGGAUUUUCCAAUACUUGGCCAUGUUUGUUCUUUUUCUAAAAUCCAACAUUCCUUCUGUUAUGUUCCAACAAGAAAAAAAACAAUACUUUGAUCAGCCAUACGUGCAUGUUUUAGGUCAAUAAAAUGUUUACCUAAUAGUA